AUGAUUUAUUCUCCAAGCUUUGUGAAUGAUUGACUAGAUUCAAUUUAUAAAUCUUUGUGAAAGAUUGACGAGAAACCCCGACCAGAAACAAUCCCAGAGCGAUGAGAGAGAUAGAGAACCGGAGCGAGAGCUUUGUCAUGGCGGAGAUGGAGACCACGGAAGCCUCCGGGGGCAAAACCCGAAAGCGCCUCCUCUUCGCGCUCAACUGCGCCAUGCUCUCUGUCGGCACGGGCGGCAGCCCGCUCCUCAUACGCCUCUACUUCGUCCGUGGCGGCACCCGCGUGUGGCUCUCCAGCUGGCUCGAGACGGUCGGCUGGCCGAUCAUCGUUUUCCCGCUCGCGGUAGCCUACUUCCGCCGCCGCUCCGCCAAGGGCCCCUCCGCCCACCUCGUCCUCAUGGACCCCUUCCUCUUUGCCGCCUCGGCUGUCAUCGGGAUCCUCACGGGCAUCGUCAACUACCUCUACGCCUACGGCUUGGCUCGAAUCCCCGUCUCGACGUCGUCCCUGCUCAUCGGGACACAGCUGGCCUUCACGGCCGGGUUCGCGUUCCUGCUGGUGAAGCAGCGGUUCACGUCGUACUCGAUCAACUCGAUAUUCCUGCUGACCAUAGGGGCAGUGGUGCUGGCGAUGCACACGAGCAGCGACCGGCCGGCGGGGGAGUCGGAUGGGGCGUACUACGCUGGGUUCUUCAUGACGCUUGGGGCGGCGGCGCUGUAUGGUUUUGUACUGCCGCUGGUGGAGCUGACGUACAAGAAGGCCAAGCAGGCGGUCACUUACUCGCUAGUCUUGGAGAUUCAGUUGGUGAUGUGCUUCUUCGCCACCGCUUUCUGCACCGUCGGGAUGCUGGUCAACAAGGACUUCCAGGCGAUUCCAAGAGAAGCAAGGAACUACGAGCUCGGAGAAGCCCGAUACUAUGUGGUGCUCGUGUGGACCGCGAUCAUCUGUCAAUUCUUUUUCUUGGGAGCCGUAGGAGUCAUCUUCUGUGCUUCCUCUCUAUUCUCAGGAAUCAUCAUCGCUGUUUUUCUCCCGGUCACCGAGAUCCUAGCCGUCAUAUGCUUCCAGGAGAAGUUCCAGGCGGAGAAAGGCGUGUCCCUCGCCCUCUCGCUCUGGGGCUUUGCUUCAUACUUCUACGGCGAAUUGAAACUUGCGAAGAAGGAAAAAGAAGCAAGAGCAGAGCAAAAGCAGGUUAUACCUCCAGAGACCCAAAUGCAUCAAUUUGGCCUUCCCUGAUGACAAAAAAUGAAAGACAUGGCUCAUACUUAUCCUGCUGUUAUAGUAUGUUGUAAUUCUAGCCCUGAGAGUGUUCGUAUGAAAGUAACAAGAGGGCCUUCUAUAUUAUUUACAAGGUGAUUACUGUCAACCUGCAAUUGCAUACUGUUCCACAGCGCUGCCGUUAGUGAUCUACAUGGCAUCUCCUUAACCUUCAA